AUGCAUGCCGAUUCCGCGUUCGAUGUGUUGGUGAGGAGCGCGAAAAAGAAGCGCAAGAAGAUGGCUAAAGCUAUGGUGUUCAAGAAGUUUCGCCGCGACCAUAUCAUCCGACACAUGCAGCGCGAGCACUCGAAGCAGUGGUCUGCCUUCCUUGCUGUCACGGAGGACGAAGAGCGCGAAAGCUUUUUCCUGCGUACCCGGAUCGAGGACUUCCUCCCGAGACACCCUCAGAUUUCGUUUGUGGUUCCGAGCGGAAUUGCCAGCCUCAUCGAGCGUCUGUUCUGCAACCGAGGUGAUACGCCACACGGCUUGGUGGCCGUGGACGACGAAAUCGGAGAGGUUGAAGUCUCCAACGACUUUAUGGAGACCGAGACGGAUGGAUACGUUCAAGUUAUCCGUGAUCGAGACCAGUUUGAGACCAUUGUCAGCUGCACCAACGCGGGAGUAAGCUUUCGUGCUAUUGCUGGUCUGUUAACCACGUUCGGAACCGCGCUGUCCAACAUGAAGCUUGGAUCCCCCUGCAGACAAGUAGUAGGGCUAUCGGUUAGCCGUGUCGUUGCACUCAAUCUCUCUGCUAUCCGCUCACUGCUCAGCAAGACCUGGGGAUUUUCGCUAAUGGUUGAUGGCGCAACGCACAACAAAGAAGGAUACCUGGACGUGCGUGUGUCGUUUGGCCUCGUGGGUAAAAUUCACAACAUCCACCUCCUCGCCAUCCCCUUUGGCGAUAGCGCCCACACAGGCGAGAACUAUGCUGAGCUUGUCAUUGAUCUACUAGAGGACAUCGGUGAAACCAACCUGCUCCCUCAACUGAUCGGUAUCUCGACGGACGGAGCUGCGACGAUGCUAGGCCGCCACCAGGGAUUCUCGACGCGACUUCGUGCUGCUGCUGAAUACUUUGGAAACUCGGCCAUCAAGAUCAAUUGGUGCGGGAGCCACCAGUUGAACCUUGCCGUAGACGCGUUCCUAAAAGUACUCGACAGAACGAUGAACUUCAGGUCGAGGCUGGGAAUGGAGAUCUCGUUUACACGGAGAUACGAAAGUGUACGCUUCGCAGUGGGUUUACGCCCAAAGUAUGCAACGACUAGAUGGGAGUCGAUUCAUGACACGUGUCAUUUCCUGGCCAAGCACUACGAACAACUCGUUGCUGCACAAGACGCGAAGAACUACGCGCGGUCGAGCAGCGCAGGGUGGCUGUGUCUAUUUGUUGUGAGCGAGCUGACGGAGGCCAUACGAAUGUGUUUUCGCAUGCUGCAAGUUAAGACUGUCACUAUGAACGAGCAGUUCACCGCUCUGGAUGAGCUCGUGAACACGUUCCAGUUGAAGUACGAGAGCAACACCGAAGACGGUUCAGUGAAUGUGGACAAGACCAACGUGGCCAACCACCUCAAGUGGUGCUCGUACAAUUCGUUGGCGCUAUUUAGCAGCAUGGACGUCGGAGUGCAGAGAGACGAGAAUGCCCCAGAAGACCAGACCCACACUGCGACGGAUGGUACCGAACUGGACGACGCAUCCCCCGACGAGCAACCUGAUCAAAACGACACUGAACUUGUUGGAGCGGUAGCUGAGGCCAUCACCGUUUUCAUCGAAACCGUGUCAUGUAUCAAGCUCGACAUCAACAGCGAUUGCCGCGAGGAACCUCCUACUUCUCCUAUCGAGAUAAUACAGUGCACGGAUCGCGCCUUCCGGGCACUGCUGGCAGCUCACAGCCCCAAAUUGAAGGCUCGAUUCGGUGCUACGGCAACAACCGAUAUCUGGAACCAAAGGAAGCAACUGGCGCACUGCUUUAACAAGAAGUCUGAAUGUUGCCGUCGGCUUGAAAGCCCACGAAACCCGUCGCGUGAAGUGACACUCAAGGUUGUCUGGGAGAAGGCGGCCUCGUUCGGCAACUCUGAACUGCUGGUCGAGUUUGCUGUUGGACUCGCUAGCACUGCACCAGGUACACACAUAGUGGAGGGGGACUUCAGCACGCUGGAGCGUACGAUGGGUCCGCAUCGCGGCCGACUCUGCAACUACGCGAUGGAAGGUGAGUUGCAAUGUCGACAAUACUUUGAGCUCAUGAGUUUGGCGGACAAGAUGUCCAGGUACCAAGCAGCUGCCUAG